AUAAUGUAUUUUUGAGGUGUGAAUGAGAGCAAUUCUUGUAUGAGAAGAGAAGACCAAUUUUUCCCCACACCAAAACGAAAGAAAAACAAUCUCCAAAACCACACAUAGAGAAUAAAAUUCACCACUUUCUCUACCUAUCUCAGAUCACACUCCUCUAAUGGCCGCCAUCAUUUCCCGUAGGUUAAGGUUAACCUCUUCAAUCCUAAAACCCUCUCAUUUUCAAUCUCCAUCAUCUUCAACCAACCCUCAAUUUCCAAUCUUUGAACCCUUAUCCCACAACCCAUCUUCUUCCUUUUCUACCUUUCCACACUUUUUUUCUCAAUCAACAAAACCCACUUUAUCAUCACACAAAGUUUCAAAUUUUAGCAACCCUUUUGCUCAAUUCACAAAACCCAGGUUUUUCUCAACCAAUGAUCCAUCAUCACCAUCAUCAUCAUCUGAUUCUGAGAAAGAGAAAGAGAAAGACUCAAGCCCAUACCCAAGUGAAAAUCCAAAUUUCAAGCACCAAGAAAUUGAAGGACCAACAGUGGAAAGAGAUUUAUCACCACUAGCAAAUGAAACACGUGAGGUUCUAGAAAGAAUGAUGAAGAACAUAUAUGGAUUAAGCAGGGUUGUAGCGUUAAUGGGUCUAGUUCAGCUUGGUGUUGGAGGAUGGAUCACAUAUGUAACAAGAUCUUCACCUAUUACUGAGGUUUCUGUGCAAAGCUUUUUGGCUUUUGCGUUUCCUUUUUGUUUGGCUUUUAUGUUGCGUCAAUCUUUGAAGCCAAUGCAUUUCUUUAAGAAGAUGGAGGAACAAGGGAGGUUGCAGAUUUUGACAUUGACGCUUCAGGUUGCGAAGCAGUUGAAUGUUUUGUUUGUUAGGGUUCGUGGGGUUUCGUUUCUUUGUAUGAUUGGUUUGUCUGCUGGUUUGGUUUUUGCUGUGGUUUCUAGAUGAAGUUAUUUUUGGGACAGGGGUUACAAUUUUGAUUCUAGUUUAGUUGCUAUAUUUUACUUGAAAAGGUGAAAUGUUAUGGGUAUAGGUGUUUUGAGAGCUUAUUUGCAUUGUUUUUACAAUGCUGUUUGAAUUCAUUUACUUACUUGGAUGAUGUUAAAGCAUGGAAAAGAAAUAAUAUGAUUGCUGAAUAAACUUUUUUCUCUUGAAGGAAACAUACUUAUGUGAUUUUAUUUGAAAUGUAAGAAUUAAUAUGUUCCAAGC